AUGUCUCUUAUUCACGUGAUUCCGGAUGAUUCGACUCAUCAAGCAUCUUAUCAGACGGCUUCAAGUACCUUGACUGACCGGGGUACAAGCAGUCGCAAACGUUCGUCAACGGCGGACAACAUUUUCCAGUCGUUCAUACACGCCGGGCACAUAACAAGGAACAUAGGAUCAAAUGUUAUUAAAUGCGAGUCCGCGCUCGUUAACCAGCGUCUGGUUGCUGUGCAGGAAGUGCAACCUCAAUCGCCUGAGCUGCAACAACGCAGUAAACGACGAAAACAUCAACAUGAGGAAAUAGUUGAAGCUGAAGUAAUUACCACGAGAAAACCGCCAAAAGAACGUCAGAUCGAGCGCAAGGAAGAGAACGAUGCCAUAGAAAGGCAAGUGGCACGUGUCAAACGAAUGUCCAUGUUGCUUCGAAGUCUGGAAGCGACACAUCAGCUCUUUCUCGAGGAAAUGAUUGCUUGCGCCCAAGAUUACAGCGGUAAGAAAUUGGCGCCUCCAAGCUCAAAUUAA